GGUGCGGAAGUCCGGAGCCGGCAAACAUGGCCGCCGCCUACUUCCUUUGCCGGUCUGCGGCUUCCCUGGCCGUCUUGUUGCUCUUGUCUUUCAGAAGCUUGGCAGCUAGUCAGCUCGAGGAUCAAGCAGAACAAUUCUUUAGAAGUGGCCAUACAAACAACUGGGCUGUUUUGGUGUGUACAUCCCGAUUCUGGUUUAAUUAUCGACAUGUUGCAAAUACUCUUUCUGUUUACAGAAGUGUCAAGAGGCUAGGUAUUCCUGACAGUCACAUUGUCCUGAUGCUUGCUGAUGAUAUGGCAUGCAAUCCUAGAAAUCCCAAACCAGCUACAGUGUUCAGUCACAAGAAUAUGGAACUGAAUGUGUAUGGAGAUGAUGUAGAAGUGGAUUAUAGAAGCUAUGAGGUAACUGUGGAAAAUUUUUUGCGGGUGUUAACUGGGAGGAUUCCAUCUAGUACUCCGCUCAAACGUCUUCUUUCUGAUGAUAGAAGCAAUAUCUUACUUUUCCUACAAGGACAUGGUGGAAAUGGUUUCUUGAAAUUUCAAGAUUCUGAAGAAAUUACCAACAUAGAACUUGCUGAUGCUUUUGAACAAAUGUGGCAGAAAAGACGCUACAAUGAGCUACUCUUUAUUAUUGAUACUUCAGGAGCAUCCAUGUAUGAACGAUUUUAUUCUCCUAACAUAAUGGCUCUAGCUAGUAGCCAAGUGGGAGAAGAUUCACUCUCGCAUCAACCUGAUCCUGCAGUUGGAGUCCAUCUUAUGGAUAGGUACACAUUUUAUGUGUUGGAAUUUUUGGAAGAAAUUAAUCCAGCUAGUGAAACUAGUAUGUAUGACCUUUUUCAAGUAUGUCCCAAAAGUCUCUGUGUUUCUACUCCUGGACAUCGUACUGAUCUCUUUCAGAGGGACCCUAAAAAUGUACUGAUAACUGAUUUUUUUGGGAGCGUACGAAAAGUAGAAAUUACAACAGAAACUAUUAGUUUGCAAGAGGAUUCAGAAAUCAUGGAAAGCAGCUAUACGGAAGAUAGGAUGGAUGAGGAUCUAAUGGAACCUCUGAAAUACGCUGAACAACUUCCUGUAGCUCAGAUAAUACACCAGAAACCAAAGCUGAAAGACUGGCAUCCUCCGGGGUUUAUUCUGGGAUUGUGGGCACUCAUUAUCAUGGUUUUCUAAACUUAUGGAAUCAAGCAUAGGAAAUUCAUUUUUAGACUCAAGGACAUAUGAAGAAGAAGUAUUGAAGAGUUCUACCUUGGAUAAAAAUUUCUUAUUAUGUGCUUUAAAAAAUACAUUACUCUUGUGUAAAUUGGAAAAAAGUGUAAGAAAACUAAAUUUUAAUGAACAUUUGACUUCAUAACUUAAAAAUAGUUUGCAAUGCAAUUGCUUCUUAGCCUCUAAAUAUAUUUCAGUUUUUCAUUUUAUGUAUCAUAGAAAGGAAUGGGACAAAGAGAUCAGAAUAGAUUGAUUCUUUUGAAAAUAACAAUUUCCCCUAAUCUUAACCUCUUUUAUUUGGAAAAGAAAAAAAUGUGAGACAUUAAAUUCUCAGUAAAUUAUGUAACGUGUUAAUAAUUUUGUCUGUGUUCUACCAAUUAUGAACAUAUUUUCCCAAAAAUAGACAUCAUAUAGGAAUUACCAUUUUAUAACUUUUCAUUUUAUAUUAUCCAUCUUUUCAUUUCUCCUUGGAUAUUCUUCAAGAAUACAUUGUGAAUGACUGCAUAGUAUUGCUUGUAUGAAUUUGUAACAAUUCAUCUAACCAUCUCCUGUUAUUGGACCACUUACUUAUGUAGUUCCCAGAGUUUCCUUGGGUCAUUCUUAAAUGUAUUAUUAUUUUGCUGUCAGUCACUCUGGGAAUUCUGCAGCUUUAAUUAUAAUAAAGAUGAAAAAUCAGUUCCUUAAUCUAUAAUAUUGACAGUCUUAAGGACCUUUGCUGUCAGUUUGAUCUGGGAAAUUUUAGACCUUUGAGAAUUUCAUAUAUUGACUUCUCAAAGAAACACCCACUAUUUGUUUUUCAUUUCUAAGCCUUCUGUGAUUUUCUAGACUUGAUCACCUCCUCUUCCAUUUCCUCCUUGACAGCCAAAAAAGAUUUUAUUCAUUCUGUUUAAGCUAAUUCUUGGCCCCUGGCUAGAUCUAUACUUUUCCCUCAGAACAGUGCCAUAAAGUAGAUGACCUGCAUGGAAAAAUACACGCUGUGGGUCCUACCUUCUUAUCUGACAAAUAUAUCACAUAGGCUAUAAGCUCCUCUCCCAACCUUUGAUAGAUACAAAAACUCAUCACUGAUUUUUAGCCUACUGGAAAUGGUAUUGAGAUUGUGCUUUGUGAUUAAUGCCAUAUACUGUUUUUUUCUUUUCAAAUUUUUGCAUUGUGGGGCAGGGGGAAUGACUCAAAAUUCAGUAUUGAUGUCCCAGGGAAACUUGUGUUUUAUCUGUUUUUGUCCAAGAAUUUAUAUGUUAAUCUUUUUUCAUUGCAAAGAUCAGUUUUAUAGUUGCAAGUAGAUCAAGAAGACAAACUUCUUUCACAGUAAAACCUCUUAAAAUUAAUAUUCCUGAGAAUUUGUUUACCUUUUAACAGUUAAAUAUUGCUCUUUAGUUACAUGCAGGAAUUGUCAUAUUUUCACAGGCAAAGGUAGUUAGAACAAUUGAUUUUGAGGUUUUUGCUGGCUGAGUCCUUAUUGUAAUGAUGUUUUUUUAUUAGUACACUAUAUAAAUGAAGAAGGAAAAAUAUAUCUAAUUAUAUAGAGAAGGAUCUUUUUGUACCUAGAAAGGAGGAAAACAAACUUAAAUCUGAAUAACCUCAUCUUAGUAGUGCUAAGAGACAAAAAGUUUGAUCAUAUCACCCUCUAGACACUUGCACAAGGUCAUAGGCACCAUGGUGGGGUGCACCUAGUUAGAGUGGCAAAGGAAUUAUGAUUGUUCUUGAGCCAAAGUAAUUUAGCUUGGAUAUAAUGAAACAUAUCCUAAUGGUAAAGGCUGCAGGAAAGUAAAAAGAUUCCUCUUCAGAGGCUAGAGAAGGUGCCCUUCUUAGUUAAAACCAAACUGGGAAAAGUAAUGCUGGAUAUAAUAUACAGGAUUAAUUUUGCCUAGGCAGAGUUUCAAAGGGCAAUUAAAUUUUUCUCUUACACUAUUGAAUUUUCAGAAUAUAGUUAAAGGAAAAAGCUUAAAUAUGUUGAAGUUUAGCUCAUAACCAUGAUAUUUUACAUAAAAUAUAUUCUGCCUUUAAUAAUAAGCAAAUCCUGCAUAUGUAAGUGAGUAUACUUAGGAAAUAUUUUAAGUGCAAUUAACUAGUCUAGAAUUUAAAUGAUAACAUAAAAGCACAUCCUUAAUGUAUUCUGCUUGAGUCACAAAGGGCUGUACAACAUAAAAGUGUUUGUUUUUUUCCCCUUUCUAGCAAUGUUGUUGUGAUGAGGAUCAAAUAGAUGAUGUUAUAAUUAAAGAUUUUGGAAAUUGUAAAUAUGUGGUGGUAUUCUUAAUUCUGCUUAGGAUGAUACUAAGGUGGGAGUUAAUGAUAACAAUGUACUGUUUAACUUUUAAAGCUACUCAAUGUGAUUCUUGUUCUCCUUGCUAUUCUUUUUCUCCUCCCCCACCAUGUCCUUCAGGGAGGAAAAGAAAUAUAGAUAAAUAGAUCCCAGCAGACAUGUCCUGACAUUUCAGGGAGGACCAGAGUAUAAUGAUGCCAUCCUGCAAAGGCAGCCUGUGUGAAAAAAAGAAACCAAAGAUGUGAAUUUUAAAAUUACAAAAGACAUUUAUAUGCAGCUUAUGAAAGGAAAAUGUAGUUUGAAUGCAAAACUGAUUAAAUUGGAUCAAAAAAUUAGAAUUAAAUACAAAUAUAAUGCAUGCAUUUAUGGUUUCCAUUUUUAUAUUUUCUCAGCUUGUUGAAAGUGGAUGACUCCCACAACAAGCAUAACUCAGCUUGCUUCUGCGUACUGAGAAUUUUCUACUAUGGUAUAUGUUGAUAACUUUUCUUCCAUUAUGUAUGUUGUAUAGCAGAGUUACAGUUACUGUGGGAAUCAUCAUUUGAAACUUUGACUCAUGUGUUUCUGGAAUCUUUACUAUGAAUGUUGCAUUAACAUAGAAACGUUUUCAGUUGAUUUUAUCAAAAUUAAGCCCAUCUGUAGUAGAUUGUUUGAACAUGUGAAAGAAAUAUUUUAUAAACAUACUACAAGGUAUGGCUAUAAAGUAAUGAGAUCAGUAUCCAUUUUUGCUUUAUGGCAUCCAGCCUCAUUACUUUAUUGUUAUGUUUCAAACCCAAAGGCAUUUACCAUGAAGAAAAUGGCUUCAGGAUUGCUGUUCUGUUGCUGCCUGCCCUUUUUCACAAUAACCCUGCUGCUGAAAUAAGAAAGUCUUUCAAUUCAUGGACAAUACACCUUGAUGGUGGUAACCAGGCUUUUUUUUUUUUUUUUUUCCUCUUCUUUUGGUGCAAAAAAAAUUUACUGUUUUGGAAAUGUGCUUUAAAAUAUACGUUUUAAUUUAACUGUGUGGACUGUAAAAUUGAUACAAAUGAGGGUGUAACCAAGAAAACUGGUUAUUAAAAAUUCAUU